AUGACAGACGCGGGAGGUGACACGGUGUCAACUUCAGAAGGCCGUCCAUGGAAAAGUGGAGACGACAGUGACAUGGUGGAGGAGCUUCAUCCGAACUACGUGUCGGAGGACUCAUCCAAUCGAGCCGUACCAACCUUUGAGAAGUUGGUGAAUCGAGUAGCCUCCGAGAAGACAACUGGAUCCAGGUCUCGGUUCACCGAACUGAUCGGCUUGAGCAAGAAGCUCGCCAAUCCGCGGAUUGACUUCAUGAUCCUGCGAGCCCAGAAGACGAAGCAGUUUGAAAUCGAGAAGCCCUGGUAUAUCAUCAAUCCUGACAGCAGCUCCUUGUUCGCGGUGUGGCAAGGCCUCAGUUUCCUGGCGCUGACAUUUGUCGCCCUGAUCACACCGAUACAAGUCGGCCUCAUUGCGGAGUACAAAUUCGAUACGCUUGCCGCGGUGAGCUUAUGUGUGGACGUCAUUUUCCUCGUGGAUCUGCUGAUGCAGUUUUGCACGACCUACUCCAAGAAAACGGUGCGCGGGACGAUCUGGGAGACCAAGGUGACGGUAAUCUCACAGCAGUACCUGAGAUCUUGGUUCGUCCUGGAUGUCGUGUCCUUGAUUCCCUUCGAUUUGAUCGGCUUGAUGAUCGGCGGAAGCGGUGGCAAUGACUUCGCGGAGCUCAAAAGCAUCAAGGUUCUCAGAGUGCUGCGACUUCUGAAGUUGACGCGGUUUCCCCGAUGGAUUAACGACAUCGAAUCAUCGGAUCUGGAGUUCGGAAUCGUGUCGUCGAGAUCGCCUCUCCGAAUCUACGUUGCCGCGUUCUACUUCUGCGCCUACACGAUGACCUCCGUGGGCUACGGAGAUAUCGGCCCAAAGAACAUCCUGGAGCGCUUGGUCUGCUGCGGGAUCAUCCUGAGCGCUGGCCUCUGCUGGGCAUAUAUCCUGGGUGAGGUUUGUGGCAUCGUGGCGGACAUGACCAGCGAGAGCCAAGACUUCCGCAAGAGGAUGUAUCACCUGAACCGUAUGAUGAAGAUGCAGGAGGGGGAACGACAGGUCUUGGUGCAAUCAG